AUGUCUCAUAUCCAAAUAAUGAUCAAGUCCUACAUUCAAGAGAUUGGGGAAAUGAAUGUGGAGGUUGCAGCUGUGUUGAGAAAGAAGCCUUCUACUGUUCUUCAGGAAUCUCCAAAAGAUUUUGAGAAGCUGAAGCUGGGGAAGAUCUAUAGUAAGGGAUGGUAUGUGAUAUAUCAUGCUAGGGAAAGGACUGGUGCAAUUUUUUGCAGGGGAUGUUUCUUCCUUUCUGACAAACACUUGUACACUACUUCCUUUCUUGAGCAUGUAUUUGAUAUAGUGAAGAAGUUCUAG